AUGCGCUCCACCCGCUCAUGCGGGUCCCACCGCCCUCGACAUAUUCAGCUGCUCUGCUUCGUCCUCUUCGCUCUGUUCUUGCUGGCCCAACCUGCCUCAGCUGAGGAUACUGGCGGAGACGACGACAGCGAAUAUAAACCCGCGGUGACGCCCACGCCGACGACGGGGCCCAUCUACCUGCCUCACUAUGAUGCCGACGACUGGGACCUCGUGAGGGGAAGCAUCGUCUCAAAAAACGAGCGCUUGAACGAGACAACCUACACCAUCUUCUGCCCGACGCAGACGCCGCCCGCCUGCGAGAUUGACAUGGACUUUCCGUUCAUCGUGGUAUGCGGCGAGAGCACGGUCCGCUUCCACGGCACCGUCACCUCGACAUACACUGUCAACGUGGAAUGCGAGUUUAGCGAGACGACAGAGGUGACGUGCUCCGGCUACUCGAGCUUCGCGCCCGACUACUCGAACGCGCCCCGCAGCGGACCGACGGAGCUGUCGUGGAAGUCGACGCUCGAGGGCACUGGCGUCGAGUGGGGUGUCCUCACCAUGGCCGACAAGCCCACGAGGACGGCCGACUCGCUGGGCAUGACCUUCACGACCGCCUCCCAGGUGUUUGAGUCCGGCGAGCAGUAUCACAUUCCCGAGGAGACGGACAAGCCUGACGCGGCUGCGGGACUGGCCAGCGGGACAUGGGCGUACGCAGCCGCCUUAUGGAGUGGCGUGCUCGGACUGUACAUCUUCCUGUGA